AUGAAUACCCAAGCGGAUCUUUGCGCCGACUGUAGUACAUCGUCCCCAAAAUGGGCGUCUGUCAAUAGAGGUGUACUCUUAUGUGAUGAAUGUAGUUCCAUUCACCGACAGCUAGGAAGACAUAUUAGCCAGGUUAAACAUCUUGAGAAGUCACGCUGGAGGCCGUCACAACUUUCUAUGGUACGCUAUUUGGCGUCUGCUGGUGCAAAUGGGUAUUGGGAACAUGUACUGUACGAACCUAUGCUUGCUGGGUUAAAUUCAGAUAAUCGAUCCAGCAAAGCCUUUCAUCCUCAUAAAAAACCUUUACCUACUGACCCAGUGCAUCCAACCAAAGCUGAUUUUAUACGUGAGAAGUAUUUGUUUUUGGGAUUUUUUAAGAAACCACGAAACGUUAACCAUGAUGAUUUAAACCAGCAACUCCAUGCUAGUGUAAGGACAGGAGUUUUAGAGACCAGUCUGUAUUUACUUGCUUUGGGUGCAAAUCCAAAUUUUCUUCAUCCAAUCAAAGGCACAGCACCUAUUCAUGUUGCAUGUCAAUAUGGUCAAAUUGGUCAGGUAGAAUUGCUGUUAGCUUAUGGGGCAGAUGUUUGUAUUCGUGAUUCAUCUGGAAAAACUGUAAUUGAUUUAGCAUUAGACAAAGCAUUAGCAUUAAAUGAAUCGAUUAUUUCUAAAGAAAAGAUGGCAACAAUGUCAAAUGAAGAGAGGUUACAAUCCGCUUGGUCUUCUAUGGUUGAUGUAUUAGUUUCAGCGUAUUAUGAUUUGACAGAUAGUUUAGCUUAUUUCCUUACACGUCAUGUACCUGAUCAUAAAGCAGCUGUUUUUGGUGGAAUCAAUAAAAAUACAAAUCAUAGUAAUGAACUAUCAGUGAAUAAUAAUAACGGUGAAAUAAUAACAAAUGGUCAUUUCUUAAUUUCAACUUCAUUAAUACAUGAAUCAAAUGGUACAUCAUUGGCACCGAAAUCAACGAAUUUAAAAUUGACUAAUUCCUCUGGACAUACUAUUACUUCUACUGCUACCUCAAAUGUUGAACAAGCAGACGACCAAGAAGAUUGGAUCAUUAAAGCUAGAGGAAGAUUAAAUAAUCUAUCUAAUAAUGCAUUUAUCGAUUUAUGUAUUGAUGUAUAUGAUGAAGCAGAUCGUCGUUUAACAAAUUCAUUUCUUGAAAAUCUGGAUACAUUUAAUAAUCAGAAACAUUUAAACAACUAUUCAGUAUUCAAUGGUUCUAAUGUUAGCAAGACUGAUGCAGACGAUGCAGACAAUGACAACAAUAACAACAACGUCAGCACAAAGAAUGAACUACAUAAUAGUAUAGUUAAAGAGACCAGACCUGACUCUAGACCAUCUUUACAUAAAACAACAACACUACGUCAAACAUCUGCAAUUACUAAUUUAACGCUAUUUUUUCUACCUCCAAAUACAACUUAUUCAUCAGUACGUAAUCAAGCACGUCAAAAAUUAGGUCGACUAUCUACCAUUGAAUUUCAUACUUUAACAUUAGAUGUUCUCACUGAAGCAUCGAUACGUUUAUUGCCAUUAUUUUUACCAUUGACCAAUACAAAAGAUGAUCAUAUAGAUGAUGUUGAACGUUUACAUAGUACUAAUAAUAGUGAUGGUAGUAGUAGUCCAUGUGAUAAUUUAAAUAAACAAUUAAAUAAUGAAUGUAAUGAUAUUUUACAAGAAACAUUGAUUUCGGAGAAUUUACCAGAUCAUGAAAAUUUACGAUUAGAAAUGUCAUCUUCAUCAUCACCACCGGUGAAUGCAAAAAGUGAAAUUUUAUUGGAGAAAUUCGUUCGUUCUCGUGAUGACCCUGUAUAUGAUCAGGUGGCUGGUGAAGGUGAUUUAAAUGAGAAUGCUUUGUCCAAUAUACAAACAGUUACAUCUGAUCAUAAUAUACUUUCUGUGGAUAUUGAAGAAAGCAGUUUAAAUAAUCAACAAAAUAUAACAGAAAAUUCAUCAUUUAAGCAUAGUAAUGCUUCAUUAACAGCUUCAUUAUCACCAUCCACUGGAAGAGUAGAGUCUAGUCAUCAUACCCAACAAAUAAGUGGUGGCAAUGAUGAAUUAGAUUCAAUAGGACCAAUACCUCCAAUUACAAGUCGUCCAGGUCCAUUGCCUGGAUCACGUAGGCUACAUUUAUCACAUACUGGUCGUAUAGCUCAGCAUAGAGCUAGUGUACCAACGGGUGGUACUAUCACUACUAAUUCCGAUGUUACUAGUUGUGGUAGUAAUCCUCUCUCUCUAUCCGAGUCAACAAGUAGUAUCGUAAAAUCAUCUGAUUCACCGAAAAAUCUCACAGAACAUUCGUUAAUUAAUUCUCUUAGUGCCGAAAAUUCUAACGAUAUUCAAGAUCGUUCACUUCAGUCUCAUGCACAUCAUCAUCGUCAUCCAGAAUCUUGUUGUGUAGCUGCUCGUAAUGAAGUGGAACGUUUACACAAAGAGAAUAUUGAAUUAAAAGUACAAUUAUCUGAUUUACAAAAUAGUAAAGAUAUUGUAGAACAACGUUUAGAAGAUUUGGAAGGACGUAUAAUUCAACUAGAUUCUAUUGUUCAAGUUUUAAAAGAGGAAAAAUCUGCCUUAUUAGCGGCUUUUUCAGCUGGUAUGGUUAUGGUUCAUAAUCCAUUAAAAAUCAGCUGUGAUUCAGAUGGUCAACAACUGACCAGCGAAACACCAAUCACAACAACGACAACAACAUCAGUUGGAGUGUAUUCAUCUAAUUUGAAAGCUACCAAAAUUAGUGAAACACCUUCAACACAUUAUCACUGGGACUAUGAAAAAGACGAAGAAGAUGGAAGUAGAGUAUAUGGUGAGGAAAUAACGGAUAACGGUGAAGAACAUGAUGACGAUGAAGUUGGUGAAGUGGAUGCUGAACAAUAUAAAGAUGAUGACUCUGAAUAUGAUAUGGAACGGGUUAUUGUCGCUGGUGGCAGUAAUGAUAAAUCUAGUAAUGAAGGUAAUUACGCAAUAGGUUCACACUGUCUAGAUUCUGGUGUACUACUUAGACAAGGUAUUAUUCUACGUGGAAGUAGAGGUGGAUCACCAGCAUCUGUAACUGGUGGUGGUGGUGUAACGCAUCAAACAGGUUUCGGUCAUUCUCAUCCUUCUAUAUCUCAAACGAAUUUUAUAACGCCAUCAUUUCGUGGUCUUGUAAAAAGUAAUAAAUUACACAGUAGAAAUAAUGAAGAACCAAAGCAAUCAUUUGUGUUCACUUCAACUAGUCAAAAUAUUGUCUCAUCUGCACCACAAAAUAUUCCAACUUAUGUUAAUACUCCACAUCUUAUUCAGCAUCCUUUGUCCAACUCAAAACCCACCUUAGUAUCGGGUACUUCAAUCACACUUGCUGAUGCUUUAAAUCCUGAUAUACCAGAUGAUUAUACUGCACCUAAUGCUACUGGUUCCCCUUCUCCAGCACCAAUACCGAUCAGUCAAAAUCUAGCGAGUCAGUUGUGUAGUCGUGUUACAACAACCAGUCCAAAUAUGAAUAUUCCUAGUAGUCAUCAUCAUCGUCAUCAUCAUCAUCACCAUCAGGGAAAAUCAUCACGUCUACUGAAUUCACAUUUGAACAAGCCAACAAUGAUUGAUAGUAAAAAGCCGUUACAUCAUUCAGAAGUUUUAGUAUCUAUAAGUAAAUCGUCUCCAGACUACGAUAACGCUUCUCGUUCAUCCUCAUUAAUACACUCAUCCAAUGAAUCGUUUCAUCAAAUCGAUAAACAUUCUAGACCAGGUGGUGGUGGUGUUGUCGUUGGGGUUAAUGGAGAUCAAGUUUGGAAAGCUCCAAGUUCAGAACGAGUUGUCCGAUGCGUUGAAACAAUUAUUACGCGUAUUCGAAGUUUGGUAGAGAUUGCUAAUGGUGAUCGUCAUGGUAACAAUAGUGCUCAUUGUUCUCGUUUAAUUCAGUUAGCUGUCAAAGAUUUAUUAAAUUUAUUCCCUUCUGAUGAAUCUCAUCCAAUGGAAGUGAAAAAUGCAUUAAAUAAUCUUGCUACAGAAUCAGAAAAUUUACGAAAAGAUUGUGAACAAAUCACCGCUUCGUCUUCCUUCACAUCACCUUCCUCUUCUUCCAGUAUUGUUGGAUCUGUCAGUCAUAGUGGUCGAUCAGUUCCACCGGAAAUCACUAUUCUAAUACGUCAUGCUCAUCAGAUUGCUAGAGCUGCAAAAGAUUUACUAUCGCUUUUUCAACGAUCUGAUCAAUGA